CUGGGGAAAGUGGGUCAGAGGGCGACUUGGGUCAAAGGUGACCAAGGCUGAGAAUCGCAAACAACAUGGCGAGCUCAUCACUAAGCAGGGAUAUUCCUGAUAUCGAGAAUAUCUUGUCCCUGAACCCGCGGGUGACGACACACGCCAAUGCUGUCCCCAGCGCUGUCACCAAGUCUGCCAAGAAGCAUUGGAAGAGGAACCAGGACAAGUCCUGCUCUAGUUGUAACAACUUGGUGAAAAACUUUGACGACAUCAAACACACGACACUAAGUGAGCGUGCUGCACUUCGUGAGGCCGCGCGAUGUCUCAAGUGCGCCGAUGCCCCCUGUCAGAAGAGCUGCCCCACACAGCUGGAUAUCAAGACGUUCAUCAGCUGCAUCUCAACAAAGAAUUUCUAUGGUGCUGCCAAGGCCAUCCUCUCAGACAAUCCUCUUGGGUUGACCUGUGGCAUGGUGUGCCCGACCUCUGACCUCUGUGUUGGAGGUUGUAACCUUGACGCCUCAGAAGAAGGGCCAAUCAACAUUGGAGGCCUCCAGCAGUUUGCCACAGAGAUAUUCAAGACCAUGAACAUACCUCAAAUCCGAGAUCCGAGCUUAGUCCCCGUUGACCAAUUACCCGCCAGCUACAGGUCGAAGAUUGCCCUGAUUGGCUGUGGACCAGCUAGCAUCAGUUGUGCCACAUUCCUUGCUCGCCUUGGAUAUAGCGAUAUCACUGUAUUUGAGAAGAAUGAGUAUUUGGGAGGUCUCAGUACAUCCGAGAUCCCCCAGUUCCGGUUACCAAUCAGUGUUGUGGACUUUGAGAUUCAGCUGAUGAAGGACUUGGGAGUCAAGGUGGAGACAGGCAGAUCCCUCAGCACUGCAGACAUCUCGCUCAAGUCACUACAACAACAGGGCUACAAAGCAGUCUUCAUUGGAAUAGGACUGCCUGACCCCAAAAAGAUUCCAAUAUUUGCGAACCUCACGGAAGACAUGGGUUUCCAAACUUCAAAGAGUUUCCUACCGAAGGUGGCAGCAGCCAGCAAGAGCGGCAUGUGCUCCUGUAAGACACAGCUACCUCAACUCCAUGGCAACAUCAUCGUCCUUGGAGCAGGAGAUACAGCAUUUGAUUGUGCAACAUCGGCACUGAGAUGUGGCGUUAAGCGUGUUUUUGUCGUCUUCAGGAAAGGCUUCACCAACAUUAGAGCUGUUCCUGAAGAGAUGGAGCUGGCCAAGGUGGAGAAGUGUGAGUUCAUGCCGUUCAUGUCACCCAAGCAAGUAUUGACCAAAAAUGGCCGAAUAAGCGCGAUGGAGUUUCUACGAACUGAGCAGAACGAUGAAGGGGAGUGGAUAGAAGAUGAAGAGCAGCUUGUUCGUGUGAAAGCCAACUUUAUCAUCUCAGCCUUUGGAUCUGGACUCACUGAGGAUGAUGUCAUUCAAGCCUUGAACCCCAUUAAACUGAACAGAUGGAACCUGCCAGAAGUGGACACCUCCACAAUGCAGACAUCUGAGCCCUGGGUGUUCUGUGGCGGUGAUAUUGCUGGGGUGGCUCAGACGACGGUGGAGUCAACCAAUGAUGGAAAGAUUGCUUCCUGGCACCUACAUCGAUACUUGCAGAGUCUGGAUGGAGUGAGUGUGGCCCCAGAGCCGAGCCUGCCCAACUUCUUCACCCCGAUAGACGAGGUUGACCUGAGUGUGGAGAUCUGUGGCCUCCGCUUUCCCAACCCCUUCGGCUUGGCCAGUGCCCCACCCACCACGAGCAGCCCAAUGAUCCGACGUGGAUUCGAGGCUGGCUGGGGCUUCGCUCUCACCAAGACAUUCUCCCUUGACAAGGACAUUGUGACCAAUGUGUCACCCCGUAUUGUCAGGGGAACGACCUCGGGUCAUCUUUUUGGACCAGGUCAAGGGUCAUUCCUCAACAUCGAGCUGAUCAGUGAAAAGACAGCUGCCUAUUGGUGCGCCAGUGUCACGGAACUCAAGAAGGACUUCCCAGACAGGAUUGUGAUAGCCAGCAUCAUGUGCGGCUACAGUAAGGAAGACUGGACAGAGCUGGCUCAAAUGGCUGAGAAAGCAGGGUCUGAUGCUCUGGAACUGAACCUUUCCUGUCCCCACGGAAUGGGGGAGCGAGGCAUGGGUCUGGCUUGUGGACAGAAUCCAGAAAUGGUGAGAAAUAUUUGUCGUUGGGUGAGAGAGGCUGUCAAGAUUCCAUUCUUUGCGAAGCUGACCCCAAAUGUGACCAGCAUUGCUGUCAUAGCUCAGGCAGCAUACGAAGGCAAAGCUGAUGGAGUGACUGCAACUAAUACUGUCUCUGGUCUGAUGGGAUUGAGGACAAAUGCUACUGCCUGGCCCAGCGUUGGCAAGGAACAUCGUACCACAUACGGAGGUGUAUCUGGCAAUGCCAUACGACCAAUCGCACUGCGUGCUGUGUCCGACAUUGGCCGCAAUCUACCCAACUUCCCCAUCUUGGCCACUGGUGGAAUAGACUCAGCUGAAGCAGGACUGCAGUUCCUUCAAGCUGGGGCGUCUGCUCUACAGGUGGGCAGUGCUGUACAGAACCAGGACUUCACGGUGGUUCAGGACUAUAUAUCUGGGCUGAAGACACUACUGUACCUCCAGAGCCUUGACCAGCUGCACAACUGGGACGGACAGAGUCCUCCUGUCCCAAAACAUCAGAAGGGGAAGCCUGUGCCCAGGGUUGCCGACCUCAUCGGACACCAUCUGCCAUCAUUCGGACCCUACAUGAAGAAACGGGAGGAAGUGAUAGCAGGGGUGAAGGUCAAGGCCGACUUGCUGGAGAAUGACAACAAACUUGUCCCUAUCCGACCAGCUAAUGCCCCUAAGAAGUCAGUGCCCUCUGUGAAGGAUAUGAUUGGCCGAGCUCUCCCCAUGAUCGGCACUUACAAUGACCUUGACAACAAGCAGCAAGUAGUGGCCUUGAUCGAUGAGGACAUGUGUAUCAACUGCGGCAAGUGCUACAUGACAUGCAACGACUCGGGUUACCAAGCCAUUGAGUUCGACCCAGAGACACAUCUGCCUCACGUCACAGACGACUGCACAGGCUGUACCUUGUGCCUGUCUGUGUGCCCCAUCAUCGACUGCGUCACAAUGGUCAAGAGAGAAAUCCCCUACAUCCCAAAACGUGGCAUCCCUCUCAAUGUCAGUGACAUUUCCUCUAUACCAGCUGUUGUCCUGGCAACGAACUAGAGGGAAUUACCAUCAUAGAUCCAGAUGACAUCCACUGCCUAGAAAUUACAUCUACAGUCAUUUUGUUUAUGUAACAUAUGUCACUGUUUAAGAGUUUUAUUUUGUGAGUUUCAUGUUUGCUAACUGUAAUUAUAGGCAUGAGGCUAAGUUUACCGUAUCAUUCCGGGACAAUAGUUUAUGCAACACCUGCAGCGUGUUCCUAUCAACCGAUCAGGUCAGGAUGCCUGUCAGAUUGUAAUCAGAGUAUAUAAGUGUAUUUCUAGAUAACUUUUUGAAAUAUAAUCGCUAAUGGAUAAGAUCUUCAUCGAUAAAGAAACAUUAUUCCCACAUGUCAGUGUGCUACUGGUUUUGCAGUAAUGAGUGCAUUGGUAUUUAGAAACUUGUCAGAUAGGAGUGGAGGGGUAUGACCUUAUUUCUGUUUCUUACAUGAGCUGAAUUUGAUUUCAUAUAUUGCAGUAGUCUACCAUGAAGAUCCAUGCUUGUCAUAAGAGGCAACUAACGGGAUCAGGUGGUCAGACUUGCUGACUUGUUGUCACGUGUCAUCAUAUCUCAAUUAUGUAGAUCAAUGCUCAUGAUGUUGAUCACUUGAUUGUCUGGACCAGACUUGAUUAUUUACAGACCGCCGCCAUAUAGCUGGAAUAUUGCUGAGUUCCGCGUGAACACUAAACAAACAAAAACAUCUUUCAGAAGUGAAAUAACUAAAUAAGUAGAGUGAGUCUUGUAAUUUUGGGGUCCGAGUAAUAGAGAUUUUAAAACUAGUCUCUCAUAUGUUUAGAAGUUAAUCAGUUGGUGCUUAUUGCAAAACAUGCUUAAAACAGUAAUGUUUUGGCAAAUAUAUCAAAUGUUUGCGUUUGUGUACUUCACACAAUUUCUGAAAUGCAUUUCAUUGCACACAUAAUGUGAUACAUUGCUAUGUUGUCAUGGAUUACAGUGACAUUGUAUGUCUAUUCACAUCAUUAUUAGAACACAACACAAUUACAUGUAUACAAUAUUUUGUCUGAGAAACAAGGUAUGGAUGUCUUGAGGAAGGGCAUAAUUUUGUAUGCACAUAUGACAUUGUAUAACAUCAUAUUCGUCAUUCUGAUAACAUACAAAUAUAUUGAGCACAUAGAUAAUGAUGUCAAUACUUACAUCAUACAAAAAAAAAGGAAAAUGUUAUUUUUUAACCUUGAACAUAUUUUCUAAAACAUACAAAGAUUGUCAUGAAGAAUUUAUUGGCUGUAUUCAUUACUGUUUGAAAUGUCUGUUUGUGAUACUUACAUAGCUUCAUUGUAACCCAGUAUCAUGAAGAGUAUUAGUAUAUAUACUGAAGGACAAAAAUAAAGAGAAUAAUUUAGGAACGUUAUCUAAAUGACUUAAUUUGAUUGAAAGUAUUCCCAGACCUUGCCAGAAAGUUGUGAGAGCUUGUGGAGGACAUGCUCGAUACGGACUUCAUUUAUUUAAACUGAAAACAAGGAAUCAAGUCUCUUAUGUUUGACGUGACUAAGAGCUGAAAUUUUAUGCGAUCCCUUAUUUUUUUCUCUCGGUAUGUAUAUAUGCUGGAUUACCAUUAACUUGACUGUCUGAGCCUCCAUUUGUUUGGUUCAGGAAAUACAUGUGUCAUCAAGUGUCUGUGAAAACACAGUCAGGUGGCAGUAUUCUGUUAGUGAUUUGUUAUCAUCCAUACACUGGUAAGUUCUCAGGGAAGUCGUGGUGGUGGUUGUCAUAUAUAACAGCAUUCUUGUUUCAAUAUCACAUGGUUUAUAACAGCAGACAAAGCUAUUCUGGUAUUAAUGAUGGUCAGUACAACAUCGUACAUACAACUCAAAAUAAGUUAGGGAACACCCAAUUUUGAUAGGAUAAGAUAAGCUGAUGUUGCAUGAUAGUCUAAUUAUAGCAAUAUGGAAGAAUUGAGCGGUCCUUCACUUCCUGUGAGUAGUAUAUUAGAUUCUCUAUAUAUGUUAGAGUGUAGAGUAUAUUAGAGUCUAUCUGGUCCUGUUACCUCCAAAUACAGUCAUGCACAAUACAUAUGCAUUGAAAUAUGUAUUGGAAUGACAUCUUUGAAUUUUUGUGGGACAUUCUACUUAUAGUAAGGAAGUCUGUGUUGUAAAGCAGCAAUAUAAAUAUUGUUAUUUUUCUUGUUUUUCAAUGGAAAUUUAUACCCAAAUCUGUGGAAAUCCUGAAAAAGGACACUAUAUAUAAUAAUGACAAUGAAAUCUUACUUUAAAACAGAUUUUUAUGUUUAUAAGUUUGUGUUGAUUGUUUAUGUGAGUAGAAUAAUAUUUUUUGUGUUUUUCUAUACCUUAUGCUUAUUUUAAGUUCAUUUUGCCUCAGUGUCAGAAAUGUACACACACACACACACACACACACACACACACACACACAAAUGCAUGGUAUGAAUAUAUUAACUUUUAUCUGUGUUCAUUUUCCAUAGGAGCAGUUGACUGUUACAUCUUUUGCAUGGAUCCACUUUUGAAGUUGUUGAUGUAGGAUUUUGUGUUCAUUUCAACCUGAUCCUAAAUUUGAUGGUGCCAUUGUAUAUACGGUUAAGGAUCAUGAAUAUUUGGGGGGAUAUUUUGUAUGCUUAAUUUUCAAAAAAAUAUCCUCCAAAAUAUUCAUGAAUCAUAACUAGAGAGUUAUGUAGUGGCCACUGAAGAUUGUAAUCUGGGCUUGACUCCCUGUCUCACCGUUUAUCAUUUUUUUUAUUUGCGUGCUCCUUGCCUGUAUUUUCGGCAUGUGAGAGGUAAACAUAUAAGACUUCUGUCACUUUGGUGAUGCGAUGUGAUCUAACUGAAAAUACUAGUCUUAACAAUGUUAAAAAACAAACUCUUAUCUGUCACUCACUCUCAAGCUGUGCUCUUCUAACAAUGUAUUGGGUGCGGUUGAGGUUUAGUCAGUAGGCAAGGGCCAGUUGGGUGUUUGAGUCUGGUCAUUCAGAGAUCAGUUGUUGUUUUAACAUGGCGAUAGUUAAUCAGUCGUAUUAUAGGUCAUCUAUAGGCCUCUGAUGGAAUUUUUAUGUCAAAUGUUUGUUGAUUGUUAUUUUCUCAUUGUGAGAUAUUUUGAUCGGUCAGUUUCCUGUAUGUAUUGUGUGUACCCGGUGUAACAGGCCAGAGUAUACCCCUGUCCCAGACUAUACCCGGGGUUAAACUGGGCUAGCCUAGUUUAUACCCUGGGGUAUAUUGCAUUGGUACCAGUGUAGUGCCUAUACAGUCACACACUAUUCAGAGGCUGGUAGGUCAGCUCCCUUCAACAGAGAUGGCUAAGAGCUAUGACUAAAGUAAGUCUAUGUGAAUAUGAGAGUUACAGUGGUAUCGCCAUCAUGGUAGCUUUGUGGUAAACUUAGACAAAGUCAGUGUUAGAGAGUCGCCAUGGUUGGGCUGCCAACUGAGGUCUAUGUAGAGUGUAUUCAGAACUCAACCAGGGUUGUACAAAACCAUUUUCACACCAUGACUGUCUUAAGUCGGCGCAAGUCCAUGUUAAGAUGUUGGAGUAAUGCUUAUUUAAUGCUAAGAUUGAUUGUGUAAGCCACCUUUGGUAUGUGUGACACAAAUAAAAUCAUGUAGAAAACAUGUAAAAUCUCUUGUAAUAUGAAAAUAGCAUGUGAAGUGCUUCAUCAUGUAACUCAUAUGGGAAGUAUAUAUGCAAAUGUAGACUACUGGAAAUAAAAUCAGACCUAAAAAGUCAAA